AUGAAGGUUAACUUAAGCAAGUCUCAAGUCUUCUUCAGUGGUAUCUCUGCUCAGGAAAAAUGCCAACUACAGCUACUGUUAGAGUUAGAAGAGGGUUCCUUCCCCCUGAAAUACCUUGGAGUCCCUAUGAGACCCACAAAAUGGAAAGCGGCUGACUGCAGUGAAAUUCUUAAAAAGAUAAAGCUCAGACUUCACACUUGGUCAAGUAGACAUCUAUCCUAUGCAGGGAGAGUUCAACUCAUCACUUCUGUUCUUAUGGGGUUGAGAAAUUACUGGAUGAACAUCUUUUUACUGCCUCAAAGUAUAAUCAAAGAAGUGGACAAGCUUUGCAUGUGGUUUCUUUGGGGUAAUGAUGGAACUAGGAGCAAAUUUCAUCUUACUUCUUGGUCUACGGUUUGUUUGCCUAAAGCUUUUGGUGGUUUGGGGUUUGGAGAAGGGUCUAAGUGGAAUAAGGCUUUGCUUGGCAAGUAUAUCUGGGCUAUAAGCCAUCAGCGGGAAGCAUUAUGGGUAAAGUGGGUUCAUGCAGUGUAUUUAAAGAGCCAAAACUUUUGGCAAUACCAACUUAAGGCUGAUUCUAGUUGGUAUUGGCGCAAAAUCUGUCACUUACGUGAGAUGUUCUCUCAAGAGGAGAUUGAAAAGGCUGGUAAUACUGGAAGAUUUAAAGUUAGACAGCUGUAUACUGGACUGUUUCAGCUUAUCCCUGUCAAUUACAACCAAUUUGUUUGGAACAGAGUGAGUGUUCCUAAGCAUAGGUUCAUCACUUGGCUUGCAGUCAAUUCUAAGUUGCUAACUAGGGACCACUUACAAAGAGUGAUGCAGCUGGAAUCUUCUCUUUGCCCGGUCUGUGAUCAAGAGUUGGAGAGUCAUAGUCAUCUGCUAUUUGGGUGUUACUUCUCUCAGCAGGUUGUUCAAAAGAUUCAUGACUGGUUUGGCUGUUCUUGGCCUAUUAUAUACUCAGACUGGUGCAGAUGGAUUGGAGGUAUGAGUAAGGGGGUUAGAGCUUCAAAAGUGGCAGCUGUGUUCUCUGCUACAGUCUACUAUGUGUGGCAUAACAGAAACAUUUGUGUUGUUCAUAAUUACUCUCUUAGUAUUAUGGUUGUAGUUGAGUUGAUAAAAAAUGCCAUUAAGUGUAGACUGAGUGCGUUUUUCUCUGAUGUUGUUGUAAAGCUGUGA